AUGAGAAGAGACUCAUUCAUGUUCCUCUGCAGUAAACUUAGACCAUGCCUGGAGCGACAGCGAACUUGCUACAGAGUUGCUCUCACUGUGGAACAAAGAGUUGAAGUUACGCUAUGGAGGCUUGCUACAAAUAUUGAAUAUCGAUCCAUUUCACACUUGUUUGGUAUUGGCCUCUCAACAGCAUGUAUCGUGAUGCAGCAAAUAGUCUCAGCCAUUCUCCAAAUCCUGAAGCCAAAUUUGAUAAAAGUUCCUACAGGAAACAACCUGAGAAAUGUAAUAAACGGCGUCAGAGACAGGUGGGGCUUUCCCCAAUGCGCUGGGGCUAUAGAUGGCACACAUGUGCCUAUCAUAGCCCCACAUCUUAACAAGUCUGAUUUCUACAACAGAAAAGGCUACUAUUCCAUAAUUCUGCAGGGUGUUGUGGACCACAAAUUGAUGUUUUGGGACAUCAAUGUCGGGUGGCCUGGGAAGGUCCAUGAUGCAAGGGUGUUUGGGAAUUCCUCCAUCUUCCAGAAAGGUCAAUCAGGCAGACUUUUCCCACCAUGGACAGAGGACUUUCAAGGUGUUUCUGUCCCUAUAUGCAUUGUAGCAGAUGCUGCAUACCCACUCCUACCAUGGCUUCAGAAACCAUUUCCUGAAACACCAGGAAUUACACAAGACCAGCGUCUGUACAAUUACAGACUGAGCAGAGCCAGGAUGUGUGCAGAGAGAGCUUUUGGCAGGCUAAAAGCCAGAUGGCGUUGCCUACUUAAGAGAAACGAUCACAACAUCAGCAAGAUCAACAAAGUUGUGGCAGCUUGUUGUACACUUCAUAAUUACUGUGAGAGCAGAGGUGAAAUGCUGGAGUCUGACCUACUGGAAAAUUUGGAAGAUGAAGUGGACAGCGAAAUAGGUGAAGGAGAGCUGCCAAUCUCUGAUCAUGUCACUGGUCAAGAUAUUCGCAGAGCUUUAACAACACAUUUCAGACAAAUUUAA